AUGAAUUUGAUGGUGAAAAAGGCCCUUGACCACAACCCAGUGGUGUGUGACAUCCGGGCCAAAUUGCGGAAAAUGGUGGGCUAUUUCAGGAGCAGCACCACUGCAAAGGAGAGGCUCACACAGGUACAGGAGCAAAUGGGGAGGCCAAAACUCAAACUCACACAAGAGGUGGAGACUCGGUGGAACAGCACCUACCACAUGUUACAAAGAGUCUUUGAACUAAGAGAACCUGUGGGAGCAGCUUUGGCCAACCUAAGCACCGACAUCACCCCACUCUCAUCAGAGGAGUAUGGCAUUAUUGCUGGGUGUCUGCGGGUGCUUGCUCCAUUUAACGAUGCCACUGUGGAGCUCUCCGAGGAGAAGAGGGUUUCUGGCUCCAAGCAGGUCAUCCUCCUCAUCAUCACCACCACCACCACCACAACCAUCCACAUCAGAAGUUUCUCAGCCUGUGACCCAAGGCAACAAACUGUGGCGUCAUCUUGA